AUGGCGGCCACCCCAACUAAAGCUGCCGUGUUUGUGGCUUCUGCCCCGUGCUUCGAAGCCUUCCGCGAUGUACUAGUAAUGUCACAAACUGCAAGUACUUCUACAAAGCUCAUUGGUACGCACAAUGGCACGUUCCAUUGUGAUGAGGCAUUGGCUGUAUCAAUGCUCAAACUUUUGCCCAAAUUUGCGGCCCACGACGUACUGCGCACACGUGACGAGGCAAAACUUGCUCAAUGUGAGGUGGUUGUAGACGUGGGUGUGCUGGUCUCGUGUACAAGCAUUUCGGUCGUGAGAUCAUUCAAGAAGCUGGCUGAUCCCACAAAGUUGGACGACGAGACGCUGGAUAUUCUGUAUCGAAAAGCAUACAAGAACUUUAUCGAGCACAUUGAUGGCAUCGAUAAUGGUGUCGAGGUGGCAAGUGCUGGUGAUGCUAAGCUCAAAUAUAACUAUCAGGUGUCGACAACUCUUAGCAGUCGUGUGAGUUAUUUGAACCCUCGCUGGAAUGAAUCCCAGGAUGAGCAGGGGAUGAGCAGACAAUUCAAGCAAGCCAUGUACAUGACAAUCACCGAGUUUACGGAUGCUAUCCACGAUCUCGUGUACUCGUGGCUACCGGCUCGCGAGAUCGUUGAAAAAGCGGUUGCCAAUCGCUUUGAGACCCACAAGUCCGGUGAAAUUGUCCAUUUUCCUAAAUUCUGUCCAUGGAAGUCUCAUUUAUACGACCUGGAAGAGAAACUCCUGAUCCAAGGCCAAAUCAAGUUUGUGCUUUACAAUGACCCAACGGGUAAUAUGACUCGUGUGCAGGCACUCAAUGUUGAGCCAGGAUCGUUUGCACUGCGCAAAGGACUGCUGCCACUUUGGCGCAGUCUGCGUAAUGAAGAAUUGUCGCGUGUGUCUGGUAUUGAAGGAUGUACGUUUGUACACAACGCUGGAUUCAUAGGGGGUAAUCGCACAUUCAAAGGUGCACUUGAAAUGGCUGUCAAGUCGAUUGAAGCUACGGAUGAAGAGACCAAGUAA